UCAGUGUUAGGUCCCUCGAAAGUUGGCUUAUAUGAUAAAAGAUAGACCGAGACGAAGUCUUGGUUGGAAUCCAGAUAAAAAGCCAGGGUGUAAGCUGUCAGCAAUGUUUAGAUUGAAACAGGCUUUGUCUUCAUCAGUUAUUGGCACAGUACUAAAAGGCUGCAGUUUGAGGCCAAGGAAAUUAGAUGUCCACAAUAUUUAUGAAAAAAUAACUAAAGUGACUUGCACUCGCCUGAUUCAUUCAACAGGGGCUUGCAAGAUAAAAAGUGAUAAAACUUCUUCCAUUGAGGGCAUUUGUAAAGACAUUAUCUUUCCAUCCCAGGAAGAUAAAGCUUUGACUGUUCACGAAUGGAAAGAAAAACUGAAUGAAAUAAGAACUGAUGAAAAGAUUUUGCAGGUGCUUGAAAAUCAACGUGCAAUGCAGCACAUACAGGGAACUGUACAUGUUAUUGCUGGCACUAUUUGCAAAAACAACCAAUUCACAGAUGGCAUGGCUUCUUUAGUUCAAUACUCGAGGAAACAUUUGGAGUCUUCUCAGCAUUUUGUCUUGCUGCAGUUGUACCUGUCUUUACUAGGAAGAUUGGGUUUUAAAGAAAACCAGGAGCUUAUCUAUGAAUUGUUUGAUGAAUACCUAGCACUUUGUGCUGAACUGAAGUUGCCUCCACAGCCUUACCACAAACAUGUGGUUGAAGGAUUAUGUGCCACAGAGAGGUGGAGAGAUUGCUUGGAUAUACUAACAAAAAAAGAUUCAUGUAAUAGUCUUGUUGAUAUGUUUUCACCUCUGAUAAUUGCUGCAUUUUCUGAAGAAGAAUACAACAUAGCAUUAAAAAUUUUGUCUUUAUAUGCUAACAGUGCCCACAGAAGAGGAGGAUAUGCUCCACCCCCAGAUUUCUUUAAAAGAGUUCUUCAAUUGGUGCAGAAACUUCAUAGGCAGAGGGACAAAGACAACAGUUCAGACAGGCAGGCUGUGAAACAAAGUGAAAUGAUUGUUCAGGGCCUGUUGAGGAAGAUGCAUAGCCAUUUAUGGUGUUUACCAGAAUCCUGCCUUGAGGAGAUGAAGGAUUGGUUUGAGGAGAUGAGCCAAUGUCCCAAUUGCAACCAACUAAUCCAUAGGCAUCCAACGUACCACAAGGAGUAUAAAGAACUGUUGCCUGGUGUUCUCACCAAAAUAGAAAACUUAAAAUCUAGCAACUUUUCAACAGAUUUUUGCAAGUUCCUUGAUUCAAUUGGUCCAGUGGAUCUUGUAGUAGAUUACCUAAAUAUUUAUGGCUGGGGAAAGCCAAAGGUCAGCAUGACAGAACUACUCCAUGAAAAUUACGGCUUUAAAAACAUACUGUUCAUUGUUGGUGUACAGAUGUCAAUUCCAAUUAUAUCUAGACGUAUUAAAGUUUAUCAAUUCCAGAGUAGACCAAAGAGUGAAGAGGAUGAUCUCUGUGUUGUGUAUGCAGCAAUAAAGAAAAGGUGCCCUUUUCUAAGCAAAGACCGUUAUGUAACACAUGGUGACCUAGAAUAUUCUGCAAAUGGUAGAUUGUUUCACAAGUGGCGCUUUGAGCAUCAGCUUAUAUAUGAUGACACUCAAGGCCCUGGUUACAAGAUAAGGCCAUUGUGUAAGGUCCAGCCCAAGCCCCUAAUGCAUGCAGCUCAUUGUCACAUACCAGGAAUUAGCUAUGCAGGUGUGACAAGCGAUGAUGACAUGUUCCCAAUCAAGUGGUUAUGCCUCAGAAAAGUUGAUGAGUCGGGCACAUCUUUGGAGUAAUUAUCCAACUCACUGUUGUGACCAAGAAACUAAAAACUAAAAAUCAGACUUGGUGGAUGGAUCGAGUGAAGUGAUAAGAUCAAGGACGAGAAAUAUACAUGAUCAGGCUCUCCACCACUAUCCUUAUUUUAGAUUCAUUUAGUAAUUAGCAAAUGAAGGAAGCAGAGUGCUGUGUUUUACUGAUAUAAAUGGACAUUUUAGAUUACAAUUAUAUGCUUACUUGGGAUAUGAGAGCUCUGAAAGAAUGCUUACACUUAUCAUUUUCUGGACAGUGUCACUUAUAGAUUCUUUAUUUUUAUUGUUACAUAUUAUAAAAUAACAAAAU